ACAGAUGCCCUGUGCGUGGGGUGGAGAUGAAGGAGGGCCAGGAGCUCCGUGACAGACAGUGGGAGGGGAGGCUGUCUGUCCUGUGGUGAGCUGCUUCUGGGGCACUCUGAGACAGGGCCUCCCUUCACUUCCUGGCCAUCCAAAGCAUCUGUGUCUGCGUCCGGGAAGUCAAGGAGGGCCCCUAGGACUGAGUCGCUGCCCAUCACGGACCAUCUGUGGCAGGCACUGCCAGUGGCCGUGGCCCAGGGUUUUGGUGGGUCUCCCUCAUCAGGGGCUUGCUCCAGGCCUUAGACAAUGCUCCCAUGCUCCCUGCCAGCCGCAGGGUCUCACCCUCCUGCUCCAGACCCUCUCUGACACCCCACCCUCUGCGGUCCUGGGAGGUAGCAGGACAGCCGCAGCGUACAGAUGAGAAGACCUUCGGCCCAGCCUGGGCGGAUGCGUGGGUCCAGCUCAGCCUCUCUGUGCCUGUGGUCUGUAGGGACCUGGGCCCAGCUGCCCCUAAGGGUGGAGCUCAACCUUCCCCAGCUCCAACCCUGGGGCCUUGUGUGGGAGGGGCAGUGGCCCUGGGAUCUGGCCUUGGCGGCUCCAGCCCCCUCUCCAGUACAGCAGAGCCUGGAGGCGUGCUGGUCUCUCCGUUGGAGACUCAGGCCUCCCAGCCUGCUUCCCCUGGAGGGCGGGAAGGCCUUGGGGUUGUCAGAGCUUCAGGAUUAGAGACUCCAGCACAGCAGGGGCUACCUUUUCUGUGCUCCCUGCCUAAGCACAACCUUCCUGCCCUCUCCCCUGCAGCCCCUCUGUUGCUGUGGUCGGUCAUGCCGCCUGAGGGCCCAGUGUGGCCUUGGCACUACCACCGUCCACCAGCGGCAAGUCUGGGCAGAUUUCUCCACCCAGGUGAACUCCUCCCUCACCUCCCCGACGGGGCGAGGCUCCAUGGCUGCGCCCUCGCUGCACCCGUCCCUGGGGCCUGGCAUCGGCUCCCCGGGGCAGCUGCACUCUCCCAUCAGCACCCUGAGCUCCCCCAUCAACGGCAUGGGCCCGCCCUUCUCGGUCAUCAGCUCCCCCAUGGGCCCCCACUCCAUGUCGGUGCCCACCACACCCACCCUGGGCUUCAGCACUGGCAGCCCCCAGCUCAGCUCACCCAUGAACCCGGUCAGCAGCAGCGAGGACAUCAAGCCCCCCCUGGGCCUCAAUGGCGUCCUCAAGGUCCCCGCCCACCCCUCAGGAAACAUGGCUUCCUUCACCAAGCACAUCUGCGCCAUCUGCGGGGACCGCUCCUCAGGCAAACACUACGGGGUGUACAGCUGCGAGGGGUGCAAGGGCUUCUUCAAGCGGACGGUGCGCAAGGACCUGACCUACACCUGCCGCGACAACAAGGACUGCCUGAUUGACAAGCGGCAGCGGAACCGGUGCCAGUACUGCCGCUACCAGAAGUGCCUGGCCAUGGGCAUGAAGCGGGAAGCCGUGCAGGAGGAGCGGCAGCGUGGCAAGGACCGGAACGAGAAUGAGGUGGAGUCGACCAGCAGCGCCAAUGAGGAUAUGCCGGUGGAGAGGAUCCUGGAGGCUGAGCUGGCCGUGGAGCCCAAGACUGAGACCUACGUGGAGGCGAACAUGGGGCUGAACCCCAGCUCGCCGAACGACCCCGUCACCAACAUUUGCCAAGCAGCCGACAAGCAGCUCUUCACGCUGGUAGAGUGGGCCAAGCGGAUCCCACACUUCUCAGAGCUGCCCCUGGACGACCAGGUCAUCCUGCUGCGGGCAGGCUGGAAUGAACUGCUCAUCGCCUCCUUCUCCCACCGCUCCAUCGCCGUGAAGGACGGGAUCCUCCUGGCCACCGGACUGCACGUCCACCGGAACAGCGCCCACAGCGCAGGGGUGGGCGCCAUCUUUGACAGGGUGCUGACAGAGCUCGUGUCCAAGAUGCGGGACAUGCAGAUGGACAAGACGGAGCUGGGCUGCCUGCGGGCCAUCGUCCUCUUCAACCCCGACUCCAAGGGGCUCUCGAACCCGGCCGAGGUGGAGGCGCUGAGGGAGAAGGUCUACGCGUCCCUGGAGGCCUACUGCAAGCACAAGUACCCAGAGCAGCCGGGAAGGUUCGCCAAGCUGUUGCUCCGCCUGCCGGCUCUGCGCUCCAUCGGGCUCAAGUGCCUGGAACAUCUCUUCUUCUUCAAGCUCAUUGGGGACACGCCCAUUGACACCUUCCUCAUGGAGAUGCUGGAGGCGCCGCACCAAAUGACUUAGGCCUGCGGGCCCAUCCUUUGCGCCCACCCGGUCUGGCCACCCUGCCUGGACGCCAGCUGCUCUUCUCAGCCUGAGUCCUGUCCCUGCCCUUCUCUGCCUGACCUGUUUGGACUUUGGGGCACAGCCUGUCACUGCUCUGCCUAAGAGAUGUGUUGUCACCCUCCUUAUUUCUGUUACUACUUGUCUGUGGCCCAGGGCAGUGGCUUUCCUGAGGCAGCAGCCUGCGUGGCAAGAACUGGCGUGGUGAGCCCAGCCAGGCGCCUCCCCACCGGGCUCUCGGGACGCCCUGCCACACCCCACGGGGCGUGGGCGACUCGCAGGGUCUUCGGGCCCCAGCCCUGGAGCUGCAGGCAUUGGGAAUGCGGUUUUUGUUUCCGUUGCUGUUUAUCGAUGCUGGUUUUCAGAAUGUCCGUGUGGCCCUCCUGUCUGGAGUGACAUCUUCACCUGCUCUGAAUACUGGUGCCUGGCCAGCCUGUGACAGCUUCCCCCUCAUCAGGAGGAGCGGACAGCUGGGGGCGCAGGCCGGUGUGUCGUCAGCAAAGACCUCAGCCGCCUCGGGGAGGAGAGGGGACUCGUGGGGCCAGCAGGCUGCCCUGUGCUCUGAGUGAGGGGGAAGCAGCCCCUUUUUCCAAAGAUAACUCACAGGUUUGCCCUUGAGCCAAUGAGAACAUGAGCCACCGUCUGUGCAGGGUUUUGGGGCCACCUCCAGGCUGCAGGGACAGGGGUCACUCACCACCCCUCGGUUUUCUCUCUGCCUUGGUGUCCUGGUUUCAGACUCCCUGCUCCCUGUUCAGACCGGAGUGCCCUGGCCCCUCCCCAGCCUGAGUCUUCUUGCUCUGAGGGCUGGGCCGAGGCUUGUCCUUGGUUCCUGCAGGGCUGGCCCCGGCUCAGGCGGGUGGGGUGUCACCACCUCACUGGCCUUGCUGGAGACACAGGGCUCUGCUGACCUGCAGCCAUCUGUGAGGCUCGCGGGGAUGGGAGGGGAGGAGGGUGGCCUGUCGGUUUCCCUCAGAGGGGGCAGGUGGCCUGGAGAAAGAGGGGCUCAGGAACUGGGAGCCUCGUGGGUGGGGCAGAUGCUCCGCGGCCUGGAGUGGCUCUGCAGGGGCAUUGGUGGGACCCCCGCUCAGGCCAUCUCUCUGGCUGCCAGUUGUGUCUAAAAGACUUGGAAUCUGAGAACCCUGAGUUGCAGCGCCCUCGGGCCUGGGCCACACGCAGGCCCUGGUGGGACCCCCCAGCCUGGUGGUGUCCACGGACAGCGUUGUUCACCCAGAGCCUUACUUGGGAGCGUCACUGAAUGUCUGCUCUGGUUGAAGGUGGUGGGGGCUCAGCCCCGUGCGGCCCGGCGCUCCUCCCACAGGCUCUGCCCCCGGGCUGCGGUGGUGUGGGAACCCUCUCAGGUUGAACUCGCCUCUUUUGCACUGGAAGGCCCUCCCUUUGGCCUGAGUACUUUUCCUAGUCGCGCCUCAGUCCCGUGGACCCAGCGUUUGUCAGUCGCAGGUGCCUGAACAGGGGAUGGAUGGGGGGAUACGGGAGGGGGGUCUUGUCUUCCCGGGAGCAGUCUAGGAAUGAUGCGGGGGAGUGGGUGCCUUCUCCAGAGUCUUACCCCACCUGGAGCGGGGGCUUCCUCACUGGGGAAGGGAGCUGCCUAGGAGCUUGGACUGGGAGGCAGUGGCUUGGAGAGACAGUUCUCCAGUCUCGGUGGGGAAGAAAGUGUCCAUUCUUUUCCUUCCUGGCUCUCCCAGCCAGAGCUGAGCUGAGGCACCUGGGUGGAGCCUGCAGCUGAGUCUGUGCCCGAGACAGAGGCUGUCAGAGAUUCCACAAGCCUCUCCUUCCUGUCCCCCUCCACCCCUGCCUCCUUCCUGCCCCCCUCCACCCCUGCCUCUCAGCGUCGUGGAUCCCCAGAGGUGGCCCCCUGCCCAGUCCACCAUCCUGAGGCAGAGUGUUCAGCCUCACACCUGUGCCAGGUCCCUGGCCAGCUGGGCCCCUCCCAGGCACUGCCAGGAAGCCCCAGCUGCCCCUGGGGGGUGUGAUGGAAACGGCAGGAGGACGCAGGCAUUCCCGGGGCCCCGGCGGUGGGAGCGUGAAAGACCUAACGCCAACGCCUGGUGCCUUCUGCAGCCAGCGCCCACCCAUCCGUGCCCGGACCCUUGGGAAUGCCCGCGGCUCCAGAGGAAGAAGCCCAGGGACGGGCCUCGAUGGUAGGGGGUCGGCUUCUUGGGAACUUGGUCGUUUCCGGCGCUGGCUGGCUGGCUGGAUGUAAAGCACUGAAGCCCCCCCGGGCCGCCAACCCCUGAAAGCAGAACCGGGCCUCCCUGGCCCCGGCAGCCUUGCCCACCGCUCCACGUGUCCUGGGCUCUUCCUGCCCCUUUCUCAUCGGCCUUGCGGUUGUACAAACAGUGCUGUUGGUUUGAAAAGGUGACGCGUGAGGAGUGUGGCGCAUCACUGAGUAGAGAGGUAGAGUUUCUGUUUAACCAGACCUGUAGUGGUAUUACCAAUCCGGUUCAAUUAAGGUGAUUUUUUUGUAAUUCUUAUUUUGGUGGGACAAUCUUUAAUUUUCUAAAGAUAGCACUAACAUCAGCUCAUUAGCCACCUGUGCCUGUCCCCGCCUUGGCCCGGCUGGAUGAAGCGGCUUCCCAGCAGGGCCCCCCCUUCCCAGCGGCUGCUUCCUGGGCCCCCGGGGCACUCCGGCACCUUCAGGCGGGCGCCUCAGCUGGUCACCUUCCGGCUUUGCCAUUCAGAUGGCGCUCCUAGGCUGAGGAGUGAAGAUGCCACAGAGCUGGGGUCCCCUAGGCUGCGUCGGGCACGCUUGGAAGCUGGCCUGCCGGGACCUUCCACCCUGGCUCCUGUGUCAGCCACUGGCCCUCCAUACUCUGGAAGCAUACGACCUCUGGGAAAGACAGCCCUGACCUUCGGUUUUCCAAGCACGGUGUUCCCCAAGAAUUCUGGGCUGGCGGCCUGGUGGCAGUGCUGGAGAUGACCCCGAGCCCCUCCCCCUGGGGCACGCAGGAGGGCCCUGCCAGAAUGUGCAGCCUGUGGGUAGUCGGCUGGUGUCCCUGUCGUGGAGUUGGGGUGCGUGACCUGGUGCCCGUCCACGCGGGUGUGCGGUGUAAACAUGUAUGUGCUGUACAGAGAGAUGCGUGUGGAGAGAGCCGCACGCGAGUGCCACGCAGGAGAGGCGGAGCGGUUACCAGUGUUUUGUGUUUAUUUUUAAUCAAGACAUUUCCCCUGUUUUCCUAUAAAUUUGCUUCGUGUAAGCAAAUAUAUAAGGACCCUCCUUUGGUGAAAUCCGGGUUCGAAUGAAUAUCUCAAGGCAGGAGAUGCAUCUAUUUUAAGAUGCUUUGGAGCAGACAGCUUUAGCCGUUCCCAAUCCUUAGCAAUGCCUUAGCUGGGACGCAUAGCUAAUACUUUAGAGAGGAUGACAGAUCCAUAAAGAGAGUAAAGAUAAGAGAAAAUGUCUAAAGCAUCUGGAAAGGUAAAAAAAAAAAAAAAAUCUAUUUUUGUACAAAUGUAAUUUUAUCCCUCAUGUAUACUUGGAUAUGGCGGGGGGGAGGGCUGGGACUGUUUUGUUUCUGCUUCUAGAGAUUGAGGUGAAAGCUUCGUGCGAGAAACGCCAGGACGGACGAUGGCAGAGGAGAGGGCUCCUGUGACGGCGGCGAGGCUUGGGGGGAAACCGCCGCAGCAGGGGUGUCUUCCUUGGGGGCAGGAGGGUGGGCCUGAGGCUUUCAAGGGUUUUCUUCCCCUUUCGAGUAAUUUUUAAAGCCUCACUCUGUUGCGUCCUGUUGCCGGCCUUCCUGCGACUGUGACUGUGAAACGCUUCCCCGUACGAUUGUCUCUGAAACAUCGCGGCCGCAGGUGCCAGGGUUUGAUGGACAGUGACAUUAGAAUGGUGGAAAAGAAGCACGCAAAGGGAGAAACGUGAGAGGAGAAACAAAAUAUGAGCGUUUAAAAUACAUCGCCAUUCAGUUCG